AUGGAGAGGAGUUACACGGAGCUUAAAGAGGAAAAUAGAAGAAGAAGAAAAGGUGAAAAUGCUGAAAAAAAUGUUAAGGCUCCUACUUGUCAAAUAUGCGCGAGGAAGAUCCAAAAAACAAGGGUAUUUAGCGGCAGAGAUAGAUGUAUUGAGAAUUAUAUUGCUGCAAAGGUUGAUGGAAAAGUUCUCAACAUAACAUGCCCUCAAGUAGGAUGCAUGGAACAGUUGGAUCAAUUUGAAUGCGAAAAAAUCAUCGCAAAAAAACUCUUUACGAGAUGGUGUGUUCUGCUUUGUGAAAAUGCUGUCACAGGGUUAAGAAAAUGCUACUGCCCGAAUCCCGAUUGCUCAGAGCUGAUCCUUGAUGAAUGUUGUCAGGAAAAUCUGAGGAAAUCAGAAUGUCCAAUGUGCAAGAAAUUCUUCUGUUUCGAUUGUAUUCUUCCAUGGAAUGUAUGUGAGGAGAUGCAUGCAAAGGGAUCCCAGGAACAUGAAAAUGAUAUCUUAUUUGAAGAGCUUGUGAAGGCUCAGAGAUGGACUAAGUGCCCCGGAUGCCACAAUCAUGUUGAGCGCAUUAAAGGCUGCAGCUUUAUGAGAUGCAGGUGUCAUACGGGAUUCUGCUACAAAUGUGGAAAACAGAUGCAACCUGUUGUUAGCGGUGUGGAGCGGUGCAGGUGCGACAACUAA